GUUGACACAUUAUGGGCGCGGAAUGCAGUCUGGGAGGGAGGAGAGACGGAAGUGACGUCCUGUGUGGGGAAGAAGGAGGGCGGAGCCUGAGAAGCUCCUGUCACCGAGUCAGCCAUCGCUCCGGGAUUCGGUGUCUGAUCUCACCGGCCGGAUCACCAUGACCGCCCACUCCUUCACCGUCCCCAUGAUCAUCUUCACCACCUUCUGGGGCCUCAUCGGCAUCGCGGCUCCAUGGUUCGUCCCCAAGGGCCCCAACCGAGGUGUGAUUAUUACCAUGUUGGUAACUACUGCUGUCUGCUGCUAUCUCUUCUGGCUGUUGGCCAUUUUGGCUCAGCUGAAUCCCCUGUUUGGACCUCAGUUGAAAAAUGAUACAAUUUGGUAUGUUCGGUUCCUGUGGGAAUGAGUGGGUGAAUCUGAAAAUUAGCCAAGGAUUCCCUGGAUUCCCCUUGUCCACAUUUCAUAGUAAAUGCCUCCAUCUUCAUUCCUAUACCUAAUUUGUCCAGAUGUUAAACAUUAUCCAUUCUCAGGACAGAAAAGCAAAUCUUCAUUUAGAUCUUCAACUCCCCCAACUUGAUCAUGUAUUCGGUUACUAAUCUAAUCGUAAUGAAGAUGUAAUAUAAUUUAUUUAUUGUUAAUAUAUUAUGUACUGUUUAUGGUUUACAUGCCAUCACGAAUGCCAAAAUUAACAGUUACUUCUAUAACAGUGGUUCCCAACUGAACUAUGGUUUGAAGCUUUUCCUACAUUAUUCUACAGGGGAUACUGGGGGGGGGAGAA